AUGCCCCGUGGUGCGGACACUGCAAAGCCCUGGCGCCCGAGGAGAUCCGGCUGGCCAAGGUGGACGCCACCGAGGAGUCGGAGCUGGCGCAGCAGUUCGGGGUGCGCGGGUACCCCACCAUCAAGUUCUUCAAGAACGGCGACAAGGCCGCUCCCAAGGAGUACACAGCUGGCAGGGAAGCAGACGACAUCGUCAACUGGCUGAAGAAACGCACGGGCCCGGCCGCGGCCACCCUGGCGGACGCUGCGGCAGGGGGGGAGCUGGGGGGGACGCCUUUCUUUCUCCAGGAUUUGGAGUCGGAGGCUGCCAAGGAGUUCCUGGCGGCGGCAGAAGCCGUGGACGACAUUCCCUUUGGGAUUUCCUCCAGUGCCGACGUGUUCACCAAGUACCAGCUCGGCAAGGACGGCGUGGUCCUCUUCAAGAAGUUUGACGAAGGCCGUAACAACUUUGACGGGGACCUGACGAAGGACAAUUUACUGAACUUCAUCAAGUCCAACGCGCUGCCCCUGGUCAUAGAGUUCACUGAGCAGACUGCCCCGAAAAUCUUUGGAGGCGAAAUCAAGACUCACAUUCUGCUGUUCUUACCGAAAAGCGUGUCUGACUACCAGGAGAAACUGGACAACUUCAAGAGCGCAGCCGGACACUUCAAAGGGAAGAUCCUGUUCAUCUUCAUAGACAGUGACCACAGCGACAACCAGAGGAUUUUGGAGUUUUUUGGCCUGAAGAAGGAGGAAUGCCCAGCUGUGCGUCUGAUCACACUGGAGGAGGAGAUGACCAAAUACAAACCCGAGUCUGAUGACCUCAGCGCUGACAAGAUCAAAGAGUUCUGCAACAAGUUCCUGGAGGGAAAGAUCAAGCCCCAUCUGAUGAGUCAAGACCUUCCUGACGACUGGGACAAGCAGCCUGUCAAGGUCCUGGUUGGGAAGAACUUUGAAGAAGUUGCUUUUGAUGAGAAUAAGAAUGUUUUUGUAGAGUUCUAUGCCCCCUGGUGCGGUCACUGUAAGCAGCUGGCUCCUAUCUGGGACAAGCUGGGAGAGACCUACAGGGACCACGAGAACAUCGUCAUCGCCAAGAUGGAUUCGACGGCCAAUGAAGUGGAGGCAGUGAAAAUCCACAGCUUCCCCACGCUCAAGUUCUUCCCCGCAGGCUCUGGCAGAAAUGUGAUCGACUACAACGGGGAGAGGACGCUAGAAGGCUUCAAGAAGUUCCUGGAGAGCGGAGGUCAGGAUGGGGCAGCAGCCGAUGAUGACCUGGAGGACCUGGAGACGGACGAGGAGACCGACCUUGAGGAGGGUGACGAGGAGGAGCAGAAAAUCCACAAGGAUGAGUUGUAAAGAGGAGACUGAUCUGCAUCACCCAAAAAAUCAGACACUAAAUUGGCUGCUGUUGCGCAGCCCCGCGAGUCAGAAACCCGUUAAGAUUUAAAGCAGAAGGUGAAUGACUGGAAAUGCAGGGAUUGGCUUUCAAAGUAACACUUUCCCCUCACUUGUCUGUACACUUGACUUUCUUUCUCUCUCUCCGCUCUGAAGGGAUCUGUCUCUAGGUAGCCAGCCCAGCCCGCUGGGCACAGUGUUUUUAUCGUGAUGUACUUUUUUGUACACAGCUUUGUUUGAAGUAUUCUCUUCUGGGUAGAAGCAGAUUGUGCGGCGGUAGCGCCAGUUCAGUGGCCCAGCGUCCUGGAGCCUUGCCACUAACAUCUUCCAAGAAAGCUUUUUCCCUUUUUU